AUUGUUUGAAAGUAGCUCUAGUUUCAACCGUCAGGCGCGUCUUCUUUCGGAAACUGCAGUAACGUUAGACAAGCACAGAUCUGUAAACUACCGUUACGGUUUGUCUGCUGUUAAAACAGCUGUCAGUACAAUGGAUCUGGAUAAUUUUAAGUAUGCUGAAUUGCGACGACUUGCUAAAGAAGUUGGACUCAAGGCUAAUUUGAAGGCAGACAAACUUCUGAAGGCCUUGAAACAACAUUACGAACAGCAGCAGAGGAACCUCUCUGAAAAUGAGAAUGAGGUUAACGAGAAGAUCUCCGAUGAGGAAAACAAUGAUUCUACCCAGAACGUCCCAGAGCAGGAACCAGCUGAUUUUGUGACAAAACGUCGGGGCAGGGGGCAGAAGACCAAAAGGAAGCACGACGAUAUUGCCGAAUCUGAUCCAAAGUUAUCACCGAGUCCUGUUAAGAGUGAUGGAGCACUGGAUAAUCUGGAAGAGGAGAGAAGAAGUUCCAAGAGAAGGAAGACUUCCUUGACAGAGAAUACAGAGGCAGUGGCACCUGUGAUGGAGGAGAAGGAGAACAAGCCAGAAGGACCGCCUGAGCCUGCAAGUGACAAGAUAGAUACUGAAAAAUCUGUGCAGGGUGAGGAGAAGCCUUUGAACCGACCUGCUGGCAAAAUCCCACGUGCUGUUGGACUCAUGAAGAAGACCAAGCCGGUCUUGAGGCCAACCACACCGAACUUCAAGAAAAUGCAUGAGGCUCAUUUUAACAAGAUGGAGUCCAUUGAUUCCUAUGUCCAAAGGAAGAACAAGCAAAUUGAGUCUUUCAGGAACUCGGUGAAAGAACUGAAGACUCUCUCAGAGAAAACCAACCUGAAACCAAUAGAGACAAAAACAAACCCCAAACCAGCAGAUGGCAUAAUCCUAGCUAAGCCAAAGGUGAACAGAGGUUCCCUGUUCAGCCCUGCUGCCCAGGAGAGGAAGCCAGCCCAAGACAGGCGCAGAGUCACCCAGCUCUCAGCCAGCAAGUCUGCCCUGAAAGGCAACACCGUCUUCAACCCCUCUGUCAUCUCCACCACCAAGAUCAAUGUCAGGUUUUUCCAAGCCACAAAGGACAAUGAGCAUAAGCGGUCCCUUAUUAAGACUCCAGCUCGUAUGUCCCCUCACGUGACACUCACAUCAACUCCAGCAAAAAAAAACACCACUGCUGGAAAGGCUGGAGCAAACACUUCAGUCAACAGCAUCAUCAAAACUCCAGGAACGACACCAUUUGUCUUCAGUGGAGAAACAAGCAUUUCAAACACUCCACGUACAAACAAGAAGAGCGCAUUUGAUCUGAAGGCCAGUCUGUCUCGCCCCCUGACCUACAAGCCACACACAGGAAAACUCAAGCCAUUUGGAGAAACUCAGGACAACACCCUCAACAAGUCUCAGACAGUUCCGUCCCACCAGAAGAAUUACAAACAGCACCAAGUACAAACAAGAGAGGACCGGCGAGUGAAGCACACCGAAAGCAGGAAGCAGAAGAAAGAGAAGAUACUUGGAGCCAGACGAGGCUUAGCCAUGUCUUAAUUCUGCCAUCACAUUUUUUGUAUAUGCAUACAAACCUUGUACAUUACCCUAUUAUCUCUGUAAAGAUGUGUGAUUGUUUCCCUUCUAAAAAAAGGCUUUGGUACAAUUGUAAAUAUUUGCUUUUAAAAAAAAAAAAAACUUUCUAUUUUUGUUUUUAAAACUAUUGCUAUUGAAACUGAGUCUUAGAUAAGGAAUGGCCUACAUUGGGAGAGGGGAAAAAAAAACUUUUUUUCAAAUUCAGUGCUUUUAUUAUGAAAAUGGUUUCAUUAAAUAGCUAGAUGGAA